AUGUCGUUCCAAAAUGCCAUCUUUCCAUUGCUACUCGGCAUCUUUCUCAUCAUCAUCGGCAAUACCGGAUUUCCAUGCAUGCUCCGGUUUGUGAUAUGGGUGGCAUCAAGGCUCGUGCCCCAAAACAGCACCGUUUGGGAAGAGUUACGCUUCCUGCUGGAUCAUCCUCGUCGAUGCUUCACCCUGUUGUUUCCGGCGGGAGCGACAUGGUGGCUGUUUGCGAUUCUGGUGAUCCUGAACGGAGUAGAUUUAAUCCUUUUCAUCAUUUUGGAUCUCAACGAUCCUGCUGUGACCCAUCUUGCUCCAGGGAUACGGUUCGUGGACGGACUGUUCCAAGCAGCCUCGACAAGGACGGCCGGGUUUGCCGUCGUUAACCUCGCUGAACUACAUCAGGCAGUUCAAGUGUCAUACCUGAUCAUGAUGUACAUUUCCGUCUUCCCAGUCGCCAUCUCCAUGCGGCGUACCAACGUAUAUGAAGAGAAGAGUUUGGGAAUCUACGCGAGUCCGAGCGAACAAGAGGAUGAUGCGAACGAACCGAGCUAUAUUGGAGCCCAUUUGGAGAGACAGCUCAGUUUCGACUUAUGGUUCAUCUUCUUGGGUCUGUUCAUCAUUGCCAUCGUUGAGGGACAUCGCCUGGAGAACACUAACGAACAUGCCUUCACUCUAUUUGCGGUCUUGUUCGAGAUCGUGUCUGCGUACGGAACUGUUGGGCUGUCCUUAGGAUACCCUACAAUCAAUGCCUCGUUUUCGGCGGAGUUCAAGACGUUAGCCAAAUUGGUCAUCAUUGCGAUGCAAGUGCGUGGUCGGCACAGGGGUCUGCCCUAUGAACUUGACAGAGCCGUGCUUCUUCCUUCCGAGAAGUUGCAGGCCAAAGAGGCAGGAGAAGGUCAACGCAUGCUGCAACGAAGGAGGUCUUCCAUUGGUGGCAUGUCUGCAGUGGACGGGCAAGUGGAAGGCAGCCAGUUUCGCGGAGAGCCUGGUCUUUCCGGUUAUGAAAAUGAGGAGAAACGGAAGGAGGAAAAUCUGGAGGCGGCACAAGAGUCAUGCUAA